CCUUGUCAGUCCAGUGACCUGAAAGAGAUUUCAAAUGCCAGUGCAGCUCUGCUUGGUACUUGCUUCAUGGUGUUUUUCUGCUUCGCUUAUUCUUUGAUUGUGAAGAUGGAGGCAAUUUAUUCCUCUGAAACACUGGUUAACAUUCAGCAAACUACAAAACAUUGUAUCCAAGAAGAUACAAAUCUUUAUAACCAGUGGUGCAAGAACCUCAAAUCCUAUACAGCAUUCUUCCUUCUGUGGCAUUUCCAGAUUUAUGUGGGUUGUCUAACAAUCAAUCCUCCAUACCUAUCUCAAGAGAACCUCAACUUGUGAGCCUCCAUACAAGAAUGUGACUUCCCUUCAGAUUUAACCUUUCUUUUUAGCAGCAUAAUGAUUUAUAUCAGUGACACAGCUGUAUGGUUCUGAAAAAGAAAACUCAAUCCUCAUUUUUAAAGAGAUUGACAAUCAGAAACCACUGUCUAAAUUACAUAUGCCUUUAGUGUAGGUCUGAGUACAUAUAAUUUUACCUUCAUUAUUUUCCAGUUUACUUUUAGUGAAACUUAGAACUCCUUCAUCCAUACAUCACCAUGACUACACCACUUUGCUAAUGUGAAUUUUUCUUUCAUUACAGUUGGCCAGAAGCCAUGACAAUACUGCGAGUUCGUCAACGCAGACCAAUUUGACACAGCAGAAUCUAAAGGACUUAAGGAAAUCUGUGCUUAAUAUGAAAACUAGGAUUCGCCAAUUAGAGAUGGAAGUAUCAAAGAAACAGAAGAUAAUAAAUAACUUGAAUAUGUUAUUAUGUAAACAACAGGUAGAUGGUAAAUUUAUCGCGAACUUGAAAACGGAUUUGGAAGCUGCAAGGCAGCACACAAGAAAAUACAAGUUCAAACAAGUUAUGACCACAGAGUUGGUCACAAGACCAGGGAGCAUUGCCUCUACAGAGACACAGACAGAUGUAAAUAUGGAUGAUCUUGACGCUGAUGGUGUACUGCUUAUCAAAGCAAGAGAUGAAAUACUGAGGUUAGGGAAUGAACUCGUUGAGAAGGAUAAGCUCAUAACCAAAUGCGAGAGUGAACUGCAUUCCGAGAGAGAACGGGCAAAGAGAGAUAAGGAGGCAAAGGAUGAUGUCAUAAACGCCUUGGAGAAAGAGUUAGAAUUCCAAAGAGAGAAGUUGGUCACAAGACCAGGGAGCAUUGCCUCUACAGAUACACAGAUGAGUGUAAAUAUGGUUGAUCUCGAUGAUAAUCGUCUACAGCUUAUCACAGCAAGAGAUGAAAUACUGAAGUUAGGGAAUGAAAUCACUGAGAAGGAUGACCGCAUAACCGAAUAUGAGAGUGAACUGCACUCCCAGAGAGAAAGGGCAAAGAGAGAUAUGGAGGCAAAGGAAGAAAUCAUACAAGCCUUGGAGAGUGAAUUAGAAGUCCAAAGAGAGAAGUUUGUCACAAGACCAAAGAGCACUGACACUGCAGCGACACAGACGAGUGUAAAUAUGGCUGAUCUUGAUGCUAGUGGUGCACAUCUUAUCACAGCAAGAGAUGAAAUACAGAGAUUAAGGAACGAACUCAUAGAGAAGGAUGAGCUCAUAACUGAGUAUGAGAGUGAACUGCAUUCCCAGAGAGAACAGGCAAAGAAAGAUACUCAGCGGAACGAAGAAAUCAUACAAGCCUUGGAGAAAGAGUUAGAUGUCCUGAGAAAGAAGAUUCUGAGAUACAGUCCUCAGACAACACUACACGAUGAUCCCUACAAAACUGAUGUAAUUAAUACAGAAAUAAAUUCGUUGGAAUGUCAAGCCAAUAGCAACCGUUUCACAGUAACAUCCACAGUAGGUGACAUAGAGGUCUUGAAGACGGAGAGGGAUGCACUAAAACUUGAGGUAGAAAACCUUCAGAGUCUGCAUAAGGAAGUUGCUGCACUCAGUGAGCAAUUAGACAUUGUAAUAAUGGAGCGCGACCAACUCACACAAGAGAGAGGCGAUCUUAUAUUCGAAUUUGAAAGCCAAGCAGCAGUUUUGGAGGCCAUGCAGAAGGAAAAUGACGCCCUCAAGCAUGAAACAGAAUAUCUUCAAGGCCAGUGUAACAACGUUGCAGCAAUCAAGGAGCAAUUAAAAACUGUAACAGCAGAGCAACAGCAUCUAAAGGAGGUCAGGGACAACCUACAGCUUCAAAUGGAACAUCUUCAGGGCGAGUGUAAGGAUAUUGCAGAAAUGACAGAAGAAAGGAACAAAUUUAUAUUACAACACAAAUGCCAAGCAAGUGGUACAAAGGCUGUAGAGAAGGCCAGGGAUGACCUCAAACUUGAAACAAAUGUUCUUCAAGGCCAGUGUAAGGAUGCUGCAGCACUGAAGAAACAAUUAAACAUUGUCUGUGUCACAGCAGUGCUACGCCCAAAACUCAGAGUAGGGAGAAGAGGUCUUCUUAUAAUUGUUACUAUGCUUGUAUUCUGCUUUAUAGUAGUGCUUUGGACACAGAGAUAUUCGCUCAACACUUAUGGGAUGCCCUUCGCAUCACUGUAUAAGAUGUCAUCGUCUUGCAAAUCUAUCUUAGCAAAUGCUAUGCCCUCCCGUAAUAUUGUUGUCUGAUUACUGGCUGUUAAUGGGGUCGCUAGUAGGCAGUAUGUCAACCAGUAACGACACCCUAAACACAACUAAUUACAUGGAUUCCGAGGGAUAUGCGCAAUAAACAAUUUGAAAAAAUAUGAGUAAGCAUUAUAAUUUACACACAUACACACUGUAUAUUCUCAUGGAAUUCCCCACCGUUUGAUCUAUUAAAUUUAUAGAUGUUGCCCUAUAUUAGCAUUCUCAUUAGCUUUAGUAUGGCAGGAUGGUUCUCACUAAUGUCGGUUAAUAAAGCUUGGCUGAAUCUGACGUCCCAGAAGGACUGAGUGACUGGCUGUUAACAUGUUACAAUUUACUGUUUGACACAAUUUUGGCCAGAGUGAAGAGUCGAAAGAAGUUCUCCAUGGUUUACUGUUCAACCCUGGAGAUGGAAGUGCUGUGUUGCACAAUACUUUGGGUUCUCUCUGAACUACAGACUGUUACAAUCAAGAAGACCGUUGUCUUCACAUUGUAAUUAAACAGGCUCAAACAAUGCAGCACAAAACUAAUCUUAUAACUUAGUUUUGGUGGCCAUAUACACUGUUUCAUGCGCUCAACAGUAGAUGGAAUGUAAUACAACUUUUCAUUAUAAAGGCAAAGUUGCCCCUUAAUAAAUUAAGAUCUACGUCUUUAAGAUAUACGGGGGGCAUGGCUCCAACAUACUUGACCUCGGCGCUAAAUGGAGGCGAAUGGUCAGCUUCAAGCUCUGGUCACUUUGCUCCCGGUCCCUUGUGUGUCUAAUAUCUGAUGGGUACAGGCAGAUUUUUAAUUUUGUCAACAAGUGAGACACCAAGCUUCACCUGUGUACAAAAAUGUACGCCUUGGGCGUCCCUGCUCAGCUGCCACUCCUCACAACGAACAGCGCCUCAUCCAUACAGAUCAGCAGAUA